AACAAAAGCAACGUAAUCAACGCAAAAGCGUCUUACUCUUACCCUUCGUCUAUUUCUGACCAUUGGUAUCCCCAUUUUCAACCGUUUGAUCUCAUUCAAGUCAUUUUAUUCAAAAGUAUUAUUCAUUCCAUAUCCGUAUUUAAUUAUAAGACAAAUUAGUACUUUUAUAAUUAUUUUUCCCAAAAUGGCGUUGAAUUUUGCAAAAUCGUAUCCUCUACAUGAUGAUAAUGCCAGAAAUCAAAGAAGAGGGUUUAAUUGCGUCCUUUGCAUUGGUUCUGGAAGAAGCAAUCAUAAAGUAGAGAAGAAGAAGAAACAAAAAAGAGAACCUAAAUCAAUGUCUUUUUCUCCACCUUCUUCUGAAAUUAAUGGGAUUUCAGAUGAUCUUAAGAAAAUUAUUGAUGCUAAUAUGGAUGAAGCUCCUAAUCGUCGCCAUGCCCGUGAAGCUUUUAAGAAGAUUCAGCUUUCAAUAGAUCAUUGCUUGUUUAAGGCUCCAACUCAGGGUUUGAAGAUCGAUGAGGGUUAUGAAAAGAACUCACGAGGUUUGCAAAUUUUCUACAAAUCUUGGCUUCCAGAGUCAUCUCCUCCAAAAGCAUUGAUUUGCUUUUGUCAUGGUUAUGGAGACACUUGCACAUUUUUCUUUGAAGGAAUCGCUAGAAAGUUAGCACUAGCUGGAUAUGGAGUUUGUGCAAUGGAUUAUCCCGGUUUUGGCCUUUCUGAUGGUCUUCAUGGCUAUAUUAAAAAUUUUGAUCAGCUCGUGGAUGAUGUGAUUGAGCACUACUCCAAAAUCAAAGAAAAACCAGAGUUUCGCAACCGCCCCUUCUUUCUGUUUGGACAGUCAAUGGGCGGGGCUGUGGCUCUUAAGAUUCACCUAAAGCAGCCGAAGGCGUGGAACGGUGCUGUUCUUGUGGCACCCAUGUGCAAAAUUGCAGAUGAUAUGUAUCCUCCUUUUAUAUUGACCCAAAUUCUAAUUUCAUUAGCCAAGGUCUUUCCCAAAUGGAAAAUGGUUCCACAAAAAGAUUUAGCUGAUAUUGCGUUCCGUGAGAAGAAAGAGCUGGCAAACUAUAAUGUCAUUGCUUACAAAGACAAACCGCGACUGAAGACAGCUGUUGAGAUGCUUCGCACAACAGAUGAAAUCGCUAGUCGGCUGGAGGAAGUCUCAAUGCCGUUUUUGAUCCUACAUGGAGAGGCUGAUAUAGUGACCAAUCCCUCGGUAAGCAAGGCUUUAUAUGAAAAGGCGAGCAGCAAGGACAAAAAACUGCUUCUGUGCAAGGAUUCUUAUCACGCCAUUCUCGAAGGCGAGCCAGACGAUGUAAUUGAAAGAGUUUUUGGUGAUAUCAUAUCUUGGUUAGAUGAACAUAGUACUGAAAAUGCUGCUCAGAGCUGAUCUCAUACUAGGUGUUUGUAGUUCCUGUUUUGUUCUAUACAUAAAUUUUGAGCUUUAAACGUAUUUAGAUGGUAGAAAUAUUGUUAUUUUUUGAACCUUAAAACAUUUAUGUAGGUAAUAUACAAUAUACAUGAAGUAAAUAUAAUUGAAUAUAUCACGUAUUUCUACAUUCUCCUUCUCCAGAUCCCCUCCCUAUGUAUUGGAAGAUGUCAUCGUUUGCUGAGACAACGAUUCACUUAGAUUUAAAUCGUUUUCUGAUACGACGAUUUUGACCCAAAUUGACAGGCCAAGUUGGGCUUGUAGCAGAGCCAAAAACGUUGCUCUAGAUAGUGUUUUUCCCCUUAAACACUGCACUUGAUAUCAAUUUUUAUUUUAAUGUUUUUUCUUUUGCUAAAGAUUAAAGCAACGAAGAGGUAAUUCUAACGAGAUUUAAACCUUGAACCUCCCAUAUAUAAAUUACUACAAUGUUUAUGAUCCUACCAACACCAUAUCACUUACCUUUUUAUUGCACUUAUGUCCCAUUUGCUUGUCGUUAUUAAAUGGUGGAAAUAAUUAUGAAAAAUUAGUGUAAUUUUGAAAUGAAAAUCAUUAAUGACAAGUUUAAUGGUUAUAGUUGUUUAACUCCAAUCAUCUUAUUUUCGUCACAAAAUUCAUUACCAUUUGAACUGUAUUAGUAGAUGUUAAUGGAAAAUUUCGAAUAAAAAAAUCAUUAAAAUUUUUUAAUUAUGGGAAUCAUAUUUCAUGAACAUUUACAAUUCAAAUUAUUAUCAUUACCAUCAUUUACUAUGAUAAAUAGGUCGUUAGUACUUGAUAGUCGGUACUGUAUUAAGAAAACAACUCAAUCGAAACUGCUAGUUUGAUUCCAAAAUAAGUUAAAUACAUACUAUGUAGCAUUAAAUAUUGAAGAUCCACAACUCAUUCAUAAAUUUGAAAAUUAAAAUUUUAGAGACUAAAAUAAGCUACUUCAAAUUCUUUAAAAAAAGUACUUCAAACAUGAAAAUAUAUAAAUUUGCAAGCCAAGAUGAGCACCUCCAAACUUGAAGCCACUUAA